AUGUUCAAAAAAGAUAUCCCCCCAAGCAACCGCUCAAAGGUCAAGUCCUCCGUCCAGCGAGGCCUCCGCCAAAAGCUGCUGGAGACAUACCCCGGCUUCGAGCCAUAUAUCGAAGAGAUCCUCCCAAAGAAGGCCUCCCUGGAAGCCGUGAAACUCCCAGACCGUGUAACCCUCUACACAAUAGACUCGACCCCUCUAUUCUUCCAACCCUUCGACGGACCACCACUCCCUCAUCUCCGCCUCGUCCAUGCCUUCCCCUCCGCCAUCCCAACAAUUCAAAUCGACCGCGGCGCUAUCCGCUUUGUGCUCUCCGGCGCGACUCUCAUGGCGCCUGGUCUGACCUCGCCUGGUGGACGGUUACCGGAUGCCGAGAAUGCGCUCGAAGCGGGACAGGUUGUCGCUAUUAAGGCUGAGGGGAAGGAGGAGGUUUGUCUCAUUGGAACUCUUAAGGUUGGGACAGAAGAGAUGAAGAGUAAAGGUAAGGGAGUUGUUAUGGACGAGGGCCAUUAUUUGGGUGAUGGGCUUUGGAGAAUGCAGUUGGAUUAA